GACAAACAGUCGCUCAGUCUCCUGUUGCUGCAACUAGUUGAGCAGUCAGCUCAGUGCAGGUCAGGAGUUAGAGAGCCUGCUCGCUCAGACUCUCUGCUCGGUCGUACAUCUCCUCUGUCAGCCGCACCGUGUUUCUUAACACUGCGUUUGACUCGUUUUCCUCUGGACUCUGAAACAAUGCAGCUGACCGCGGAUCAGCCGAGCCUGUGAGAUGGAGAAAACCUCAGCAGAGGAUGACUGCGUGGAUUCAGGAGCCGAGACCGGAGGGUCUGAUUACAGUCCCCUGUCCUCAACGAGCAUAUGUGGAGGUGAGUUAUCCAUGGGCGAGCUCCAGGAUCCCUUCCUAGUCAGCAUCCACCUCAUCGCCGACCCCGGCCAAGGAAAGUUCCUGCAACACGCCGCUGAUGCUGUGCUGGCGUGGGUUCACCCUGAGCUGCAGCUUUUCCGGGUCUCAGAGCGAGCCUCCGUCCAGCGGCCCCGGACCAAGCACCAUCAAAACGGUGGCCUAGGUGCAGCUUCCCAGCCAGCCCUGGCAGUCAUCGUGUUCCUCCAGGAGGCGUACGGCGGUGAUGAGCAGAUACUGAUGCUGCACCGCACUCUGCAGAGGCCUCCUUGGCGCUACCACCACACUGAAAAAGUCAGCAAUGGCCGGCGGAUGCUGCCGCUGGCACCAUGCAGUCAGGACUUUUUCACUCUCUCUUCUGGCACGCCGCUCUGGGCCGUGCGGCAGGUCCAUUAUGGGAAAGAAAUUGUCCGUUUUACUGUUUAUUGCCAACACGAAAAUUACGUCGACAUGGUGAGGCUUUACAAGCUGCUACUUCAGCGGAGGGUAGCACAGAAGAAGGAGGACUUUUGCUUCUUUGUGGUGUACUCCAACCCGGAUAUGGAGAUCCAGCUGUCAUUUAAGAGGCUGCCGCGAGGUCAGAGUCCAGUGGUGCUGGAGUCAGCGGUGAUGGAGGUGCGGGUACGAGAUGUCGGGGCGCUGGUGCCCCUGCUGCCACACCCCUGCAGCCCAAUCAGUGAUGUCCGCUGGCAGACAGAGGACUACGAUGGAAAUAAGAUCUUGCUGCAGGUCCAAGGUGCACACUUCAAACACCAACAAGAUCCCUGCCACAUAUCAAACGUUAUCACAGAAUCAGCCUCGGCUCCAUCCACCUUCACUCGAAGCACUGCCUCCAGCAAGAACCGUCGGCACCACCAUCGGGCAGCACCCCGUCUCAGAGUCCACCAGAACCCCCACAGCUCCCACUAUCUGGCCUGCGAGGAGCUGGACGAGCAGGAGCAAUGGGCUGACCGGCACCAUCCAGACAGCUGGAGAACCCAAUGGAGGGGCCACCAGUCCGGAUCCCUCUUCUCUCUACCCAACCUGGGGUCAGGCAGCUCGCACUCCACCUGCUCCUCUCCGGGCCCUUCUCCCAGUCCUCAUCACAGGAGCCACUCUUUCAAUAGGAGCUCCUCCUUCGUCCCACCUUUCCGGCUCAAUGUGGAUGCUCUGAUUGGGGCAGAGGAGACGGAUGUGGACACGGGGGAUAAAGUAAAUUCAGGCAGCAGUGUGGACCUUACAGUGGUGUCCGCGUACAUCAAAUCCAGCCUGCAACAGACUUCUCGGCCAUUAUCAGCGCCACCAGAAGACAUUGGACCCUCCCUCUCCCCUGGCAUCCCAGAAGACUCCUACAAGGCAGCCACACUGGGCCGGACUCCAAACAGCUUCACCAACAACUCACCCUCUAACUUCAUGGGGUUACGUAUCCAAAGAACCAGUAUGAACACAAGUGACGCUCCAUCACUGAGCGAUGUUUCCAUGAACCAGUCCGACAGCUGCAGCAUUAUUAGUGCGCCAAUUGAAGAGGCAGACAAGGUAGAAGAGGAAGCCGAAGAAGAAGAAGAAGACCAAGAAUUCUACAUUUGAUUUAUUGCUGUAAAAUGAGAGGACUCAGUAAUGAGCCUAUGAUGACAGACUUCAGAACUGAGGCUGUCAACACAGCUCUGCUCUGCCCCCUGGUGUUUGAUAGUAAAAUAACAGUGACUGUAUAAACUGGAGCUCGGCACAAACUGUAUUUGACAUUCUUGUGUAUUUGGUGUGUAUGUUGCUUUUUUGCAUGUAGAUUUAAGCUUUGUAAAUGUCAGGUUAUAUAUAAGUAAAUGAAAUGACUCAUUUAAAGGACCAAUCACAUAACUGUGUACAGAAACACUCUAUUCAAUAAAUGUUUGUCUCCAUCAUGUGUGCUACACACUACCACUUUAAGGUAACUUUCCAACCUUGACUCUCCAUUUUAUUGAUUUAAAACUGUUUAUCUAAACAGCUGUUAUGGUAUAAGAGUUAU